GACGCGGGCGGGGGUCGAAGCCGCGACUGGCGCUCAGCGGUUGGGCGUCGCUGUCGCUCCUGGCACGGAAUGGAGGGGACGGCCGUGGCCGUCUGUGAGGUGAUGCCGGGAAGGGAGCGAAAGCAGAAAAGGACACUCAAUGGGGAGACAUACUUUGUGAGGAGACCGUGAAGUUUGGGCAGAGGGGUCUGGCGUUGCCUGAGGUGGCGAAGGAAGGUUCGGGAAGGAUACGAUUCGGUGCAGGUCAUCCUGCCCCCGACACGGGGCUGUGAGGGGCGGAUGAGACCCGGGGCGUGGGAGCGCUUGGGCAGGAAAGCAGGGAGGAAUACUCAGCCGGGGGAAUGGCCGAACUCUGGCCCGCAGGAACAGAUGGCGUCGCCCCCACUUCACAGCUGAGAAAACCAAGACUCGGGAAGCGGCAGUGUUUGCCAAACAUUAGCGGACACCCAGUUGCUUUUGCAGGAAGCAUUUAUGGUGGUUUGAUCAGCAAGAAGUUCCUAAAAGAAAUGCAAUCUAUACUGCUCAGAUUCUCUACAAAGCUGAACUGGACUUCAGAGGAAGCCAGCUAUUCUCAGGACAUUUCAGGGGUAACACCUUUCCAGAUGAUUUUUGAGGUUGAUGAAAAGCCCAGAACUUUGAUGACAGAUAGUCUGAUUAUAAAGAAUUUUUUACGAAAAAUAGUCAUGGUGCACCCUAAGAUUAGAUUUAAUUUCAGUGUAGAGGUGAAUGGAAUCCUGUCUACGGAAAUCUUUGAGGCAGAGAAUGAACCCACUUUGAACCUGUCGAAUGGAAUUGCUCUUGUCAUAAACUCUCAGCAUUAUGUGAGUAGACCAAAAUUUGGUACAACUGGAUUACUCUGCAUCAGAAUCCACCCUGUGCUGGGACAGCCAGUAGUGCUUUUCAUCCCUGAUGACGUGGCUGGCAUGGGCUUGUUGGGAGAGCUGAUACUGACCCCAGCUGCUGCCCUGUGUCCCUGUCCGAGGGCCUUUUCCAACCACCUGAGUAGGAUUUCUUCAGUUUCCAUAUUUCUGUAUGGACCUUCAGGUCUGCCUCUGAUAUUGCCAAGCCAGGAGCAGCCAACCACUACUGUCUUCAAAGAUACCUCUUAUUUCAUAGACUGGAAGAAAUACCAUUUGUGUGUGGUGCCCAAUUUGGAUCUCAAUUUGGAUAGAGAUUUGGUGCUUCCAGAUGUGAGUUAUCAGGUGGAAUCCGGUGAGGGGGAUCAGUCUCUACAUAUGGACCCUCAGGGACAAACUCUGCUGCUUAUUCUCUUUGUGGAUUUCCACAGUGGAUUUCCAGUCCAGCAAAUGGAGCUCUGGGGAGUCCACACGUUGCUCACGACUCAUCUCAGUGCCAUCCUCAGGGAGAGCCAUGGCGUGGUCCAAGAUUCCAUCCAGGCUGCCGUGGACCAGGCCUUGGAGCAGCAUCACCAGGCUGCCAUGGCUCGUCAGAAACUGCAGGCCUCACUGUCAGUGGCUGUGAAUUCCAUCAUGAGUGUCGUGACGGGCAGCACCAGCAGCAGCUUCCGAAAGACCUGCCUCCAGGCCCUUCAAGCAGCUGACACACAGGAACUGGGGGCCAAACUGCACAAAUCAUUUCAUGAGAUCACCCAACACCGGUUUCUUCACCACUGUUCAUGUGAAGUGAAGCAGCUGCUCCCAGAGAAAAAUGAUGCAGAGAGCACAGAGGAUGCACAUGAGAACAGCAGCCUUGAGCUCCUUGCAGGGACCAGCGGGCAAGUGGAAAACAAGAGGCUCAAGAAAGGCAGCCUCCGCCAGGUCGUGAAGGAAACGCAGGCUUUCUACUCUGCCAGGCGCCCGAGCGCGUCAGAGGGUGCCCGGCAUUGCACCGAGCCCCCAGAGGCCUCCUUGACCCCUAGCGGAAGCAGGGCGGGCCCCGGGAGGAGCCAGGAGGACGCGCUGUGGCUGCAGGAGGUCUCCAACCUGUCGGAGUGGCUGAGUCCCGACCCCUGAGCCAAGCCCCUCCCCGCGCCGGAUGGCUGCGGGGAUCACGUGUUGUCUGUUUUUCAAUAAACCUACUCCG